AGUAGGAGGAAGGUGGGAGAGGAAGGAGCAGCGUGCAGAUCUCCGGGCGAUGCCACUGUAAAUGCCAAGGCAAUGUCCCGUCGCAAGCAAGGGAACCCGCAACACUUGUUACAAAGGGAGAUCAUCGCACCCGGACAGCAUCAUGUCGAAGCGGUAAUCCCAGAUGAGGACGACGGCCUACCCAUCCUGGAGGCGGGGACGCUCACCCUGUCCGGCAACGACCCCGACUUGUUAACAUGCGGACAGUGUCAAAUGAAUUUCCCGCUGGGAGACAUUUUGGUUUUUAUAGAGCACAAGAAGAAGCAGUGCGGAGUCCCGAGCGGAGGCUGCUAUGAAAAGAACCUGGAUAAAAGUAGUCCACCGCACUCAUCUCGCUCCGAGCUCAGGAAAGUGGCAGAGCCAGUGGAAAUCGGUAUCCAAGUCACACCCGAUGAGGAUGACCGUCUUCUCACACCUACGAAAGGAAUUUGCCCGAAGCAGGAGAACGUUGCAGGUAAAGAUGAGCCUACCAGCUAUAUUUGCACAACGUGUAAGCAGCCUUUCAAUAGCGCCUGGUUCCUGCUUCAACAUGCUCAAAACACACAUGGAUUUCGCAUCUACCUGGAGACCAGCCCAAUUAGCAGUUCCCUCACUCCACGAAUUACCAUCCCCCCACCUCUGGGACCGGAGACUGUUGCACCAUCCCCCCUGAUGAACUUCCUUGGAGACAACAACCCCUUCAACCUUCUACGAAUGACUGGGCCCAUUCUACGUGAUCAUCCAGGCUUCGGUGAGGCUCGGCUACCAAACACGCCGCCACUCUUCAGCCCACCCCCUCGCCAUCAUCUGGACCCACACCGCCUUAGUGCUGAAGAAAUGGGGUUAGUUGCCCAGCAUCCCAGUGCCUUUGACAGAGUUAUGCGUUUAAAUCCAAUGGCAAUUGAAUCUCCAGCAAUGGAUUUUUCCCGAAGGCUACGAGAACUGGCAGGGAACAACUCCACUCCUCCUCCAGUGUCUCCAAACCGUGGCAAUCCUAUGCAUCGCUUGCUAAAUCCCUUCCAGCAAAGCCCUAAAUCCCCUUUUAUGAGUACCCCGCCAUUGCCACCCAUGCCCCCAAGCAGUACAACGCCACCCCAAACCCAGGCCAAGAGCAAGUCCUGUGAGUUCUGCGGCAAGACAUUCAAGUUCCAGAGCAAUCUCAUAGUUCAUCGUCGUAGUCACACGGGGGAAAAACCUUAUAAAUGUCAGCUGUGUGACCACGCAUGUUCACAGGCAAGCAAAUUGAAACGCCACAUGAAAACGCAUAUGCACAAAUCCGGUUCCAUGACUGGCAGGUCUGACGAUGGACUGUCUGCCACAAGCUCACCAGAGCCAGGUACUAGUGAUUUAACUGGAGAAGGGAAAUCCAACGAUUUUAGGAACGAGAGUGACCCAUCUUUGGGCCACGAAAAUGAAGAAGAAGAAGAGGAGGAGGAAGAAGAGGAGGAGGAGCUAGAAAAUGAAAGUAGACCAGAGUCAAGUUUUAGUAUGGACUCGGAAAUGAGUCGUAAUCGGGAAAACGGGGCCAAGGCUCUACAUGACGAGAAGUCCCUCGUGCUCGGCAAAGUGAUGGAGAAUGUAAACUUGGCAAGCAUGCAGCAAUAUAGUGACAUGCUCAAUGACAAACAGAAGAGAAACCAAUUCAUGAAACGGUCUUCUGACCCGCGAGAUUUAUGCCGGAGAAUUCCAGGUGAAGAAGAUGGCGACGAAAGAGAGAUUAUCCGGAACGAAGAAGGGGCCAUCAACGGCAGAAGCUUUGGUGAACCCUUCCCAGGUCUGCUCCCUCGAAAACCUAUGCCCAUCUCUGGCUCUGGUCUCAAUAACUCCUCAAAAAGGAUAAAAAUUGAAAAAGACUUAGACUUACCACCAGCAACAAUAAUCCCUUCCGAAAACGUUUACUCGCAGUGGCUGGUUGGCUAUGCAGCAUCACGGCACUUCAUGAAAGAUCCAUUUCUCGGAUUCACAGACUCUCGACAAUCCCCUUUUGCAACUUCUUCUGAACACUCUUCAGAAAAUGGCAGCCUGCGUUUCUCCACUCCACCAGGUGACAUGCUGGACGGGGGUCUCUCAGGGCGGAGUGGGACGGCGAGCGGGGGCAGUACACCUCAUAUCGGUGGACCAGGCCCCGGUCGACCCAGUUCUAAAGAAGGGAGGAGGAGCGACACGUGUGAGUUCUGCGGCAAAGUAUUUAAGAACUGCAGCAACCUCACGGUCCAUCGCCGGAGCCACACGGGGGAACGGCCUUACAAAUGUGAGCUCUGCAACUAUGCAUGUGCACAGAGCAGCAAGCUGACGCGCCACAUGAAAACACAUGGCCAGAUAGGACAACGCUGCUUAGAAAACGGAAUGAAAAUUAUUUACUGCUGAAUUGAAAAAUGAAAUGACACAACAUACCAGUUAUCGUUGAAUGGGGGAAAAAAAAAAAAAAACUAUUCAGGAACAACGGCUAUUUUUUUUUGUUUUUCUUUUUUUUUUCUAACGGUAAAUUUAGUGCACUCUGUCUUAAAAUACGUUUACAGUAUUCAAUACGUACAAGGGUUAAAAAAAAAAUGAAAAAAAUAAGAAAUAAUUGUGUGUAUGUGUGUUUGGACGAUCAUUUCUUUUCAAAGUUGCUUAAUAGGUUAUAAAAACGCCAUAAUGGCCAUGUGUAUAUUGUUUAUGGUUUAUUACAUUGUUCUUGUCACUGUAAUUGUAAAGUCUGAGUUUUAGUACUUAUUUUCCUGCCUGGGUGUUAUUUUUUAUUUCAAACUGUAUAGAAACUUGUAUUUGGGGAAUAAAAGGUGAUUGCUACACCAUGUAGAAAAAGUAAGUAGAAAAAAAAAGUGCUUAAUAUUGUUAUUGCUUUGCA